AUGGACCUGGAAGAUAUCAAAGCCUGGUGGGACUUGCGAAGGUACAUACAGAUCGACUUUAUGGAUGAGUCUGCGAUGAUGGACUACUGCGGAGUUCUGACCAUCAUACUGCUGGCUGCCUUUGCGAUCGCCGGGGUGUUAGACUGGCUGGCUCACGCCGACCUCUUCUCCCCUGGGCUGCUAUUGAUCAUGGAUGCCGUGGAGGUUGCGACGCUGCUGCGCGCAGUGGAGCGGAAGGUCGACAUGUUUGAUGACCGGCAGCAGAUUCUUGGAGUCGCCAUGACUGCCAACUACCGAAACGGCUGGAUCGUCAGCAUCCUGUUUGCCGCUUGCAGCGGCCUGUGGGAGAUACUACGAACCAUGCGCACGGACCUGGUGGACUUCGUGGCGUCCCAGGAUGAGGUGCGGGACUUAUCCGUCGUCGUCGUCGUCGUCGUAGUAGUAGCAGUAGCAGUAGUAGUAGUAGUAGUAGUAGUAGUAGUAGUAGUAGUAGUAGUAGUAGUAGUAGUAGUAGUAGUAGUAGUAGUAGUAGUAAGUAGUAGUAGUAGUAGUAGUAGUAGUAGUAGUAGUAGUAGUAGUAGUAGUAGUAGUAGUAGUAGUAGUAGUAGUAGUAGUAGUAGUAGUAGCAGCUUGGAAACUCCUUUGACAUAG